CCGCGGAAGCGCGCCAGUCGCAGGCGCUAGGAGCUGGCGCGGGUCGCUAGGGGAGCGGAUUUGAAGAGCCCUUGGGGACUGCGUGGGUGGAGCCCAGCUGUGCGGGAGCCCAGCAUGGAUGACUACACAGUCCUGAGGGUGAUCGGCGAGGGCUCCUUUGGCAGAGCUCUUCUCGUGCAGCAGGAAAGCAGUAAUCAGCUGUUCGCAAUGAAGGAAAUCAGGCUCCCCAAGUCUUUUUCUGAAACACAGAAGUCUAGGAAGGAGGCUGUUCUGUUAGCCAAAAUGAAACACCCCAAUAUUGUUGCCUUCAAAGAAUCAUUUGAAGGUGAGUAUGAACUCCCAUACAUAUGUGCACUUUUGAAUUUUUUUAUGGCCACUGCAACUUUCCUGAAGACACUUAUAUUUGUUUUAGCUGAAGGACAUCUAUAUAUUGUGAUGGAAUAUUGUGAUGGAGGGGAUCUAAUGCAAAAGAUUAAACAGCAAAAGGGAAAGUUAUUUCCUGAAGAUACGAUACUUAAUUGGUUUACACAAAUGUGCCUUGGAGUAAAUCACAUUCACAAGAAACGGGUGCUACACAGAGAUAUCAAAUCCAAGAAUGUCUUUCUCACCCAAAAUGGAAAAGUAAAAUUGGGAGAUUUUGGAUCUGCCCGUCUUCUCUCUGAUCCCAUGGCGUUUGCUUGUACAUAUGUGGGAACACCUUAUUACGUGCCUCCAGAAAUUUGGGAGAACUUACCUUACAACAAUAAAAGUGACAUCUGGUCCUUAGGAUGCAUUCUGUAUGAACUCUGUACCCUUAAGCAUCCGUUUCAGGCAAAUAGUUGGAAAAGUCUCAUCCUCAAAAUAUGUGGAGGGUCCAUCAGGCCACUGCCUUCCCAUUACUCCUACGAGCUGCAGUUUCUAAUCAAGCAGAUGUUUAAGAGGAAUCCCCUGCACCGCCCUUCAGCCUCGGCGCUCCUGUGCAGAGGCAGCCUUGCUCCACUCGUGGGGAAGUGCUCCCCCCCGGAGAUCAUCUCAGAAUAUGGUGAACAGAUACUAGAAGAAACCAAAAAAUCUGAGCAUAAUGCACCAAGAAAAAAGGCAGACACCAGCAGAAUCAGGAUUGCUUUGGGAAAUGAAGCAAGCUCCACGCAAGAGGGAGAACAUGGUAGAAAACAUAGCCAUAGUGACUUAGAGAACAUUAAUAAAAAUUUGGUUGAGCAUUCAUUGAAGAGAGUCAACAGAAAAGAAAAAGAACCAGGCAGGAAGUCAGUGCGUCUGAGGCAAGCUGGCUCACCAGGCCCUCACAGGCGCCAGUGGGAGAAAAAUGUACCUGGUACAGCUUUGACAGCUUUGGAAAACGCGUCCAUCCUCACUUCCAGUGUAACAGCAGAGGAUGACAAAGGUGGUUCUGUAAUCAAAUACAGUGAAAAUAAUGCCCGCAAGCAGUGGCUCAAAGAGACCCCUGACACCUUGUUGAACAUCCUUCAGAAUGCUGAUCUCAGCCUGGCGUUUCAGACCUACACAAUUUAUAGACCAGAUUCAGAGGGGUUCUUGAAAGGCCCCCUGUCUAAAGAAACAGAAGCAGCAGACAGUGUGGACGGAGGUCAUGAUUGUGUCAUUUUGGACCCUGAGAGACUGGAACCUGGGCUGGACGAGGAGGACACGGACUUUGAGGAAGAUGGUGACAAUGCCGACUGGGUGUCAGAACUGAAGAAGUGGCUGGAUGGCCAGGGGUGUCUGAUGGACCAGGCCGGAGGGGAUGCUCCCAAGUCACACGGAGGAGACGCUGCGAAUGAGGAAUUGUUACUAGAAUAAUAAUUAGUUUGUAGGAUGUAAUAAUAAUUAGUACUUAGGAUAUAUAUUUGAAAGCAGAAUGAAGGGAGAAACAGUUAAUAUUUAAAAUAAUUCCUAAUAUCACAGAAUUAAAAAUAAUCUAGAACUUCUGUUAAUCUUUGAACUCGGGAGAAGGUACAGCAGAAUGGGUAGGAGCCUGGUACUUUGCUGUCUAGUAGAACAGAAAUCGGAUGCCAGCUGCAUCAUUCACUAGUUGUGCGAUUUGGGAAAUUACUUAACCUCUUUGUACCGCGAUUUCAUCAACUAUAAAAUGAGGAUAAUAAAGCCUACCUACCUCAUAUGGGUGCUGACCUGUAGAUCAUACAGCAGCCUAUGUAUUAUUA